GAGGCAGUGAGCAGCAUAGGUCCACCGUUAGUCCAGCAGCAGCUAUUCAUUAGGACGGGGGGACAGUGGACCGAGGAGACACACAGCUGUGGACGUUUCUACCGAGCCAAUGUUAACCUCCGGAUAGUCUCCGUUCUGCUGGGCUGCUCUAGCGUUACCAGGGGGGGGUUCGGAGCCAGCUUUCACGUCGCUACGCUGGUGUUCUGCGGUGGAAAUAGCCCCCAAAAAUGUCGUCUCCAAGUCCGGGUAAAAGGCGAAUGGACACCGAUGUGGUCAAACUCAUCGAGAGCAAGCAUGAAGUCACCAUCCUCAGUGGACUCAAUGAAUUUGUAGUGAAGUUUUUCGGACCACAAGGAACGCCGUACGAGGGAGGUGUGUGGAAGGUGCGAGUAGAUCUUCCCGACAAAUACCCUUUUAAAUCACCAUCAAUAGGAUUCAUGAACAAGAUUUUUCAUCCCAACAUUGACGAAGCGUCAGGGACAGUGUGCUUAGAUGUCAUCAACCAGACAUGGACAGCCCUUUAUGAUCUGACCAACAUCUUCGAGUCGUUCUUGCCCCAGCUCCUGGCCUACCCCAACCCCAUCGACCCCCUGAACGGAGAUGCGGCUGCCAUGUACCUUCACCGGCCAGAGGAGUACAAGCAGAAAAUCAAAGAGUACAUCCAGAAAUAUGCAACAGAGGAGGCUCUGAAGGAGCAGGAAGACGGGGCAGGCGACUCUUCAUCCGAAAGCUCCAUGUCCGAUUUCUCAGAAGACGAGGCCCAGGACAUGGAGUUGUAGUGAUGGGAGGGCUCCCCAUCCCUCUCCCUCCUUUAACCCCCCACACCCACCCCACCCCACAAAGACUAUAUUUGAUUUCCUAACCAUGAGAAAGCAGACUUAUAAUAUUCAUAUUUAAACAAGUUGAUUUUUUUAUUAUUAUUAUUAUUAUUACUACUAAACAAGGAUUUUUAUGGAUAUCUAGCCUUUGGUGUGUUUGACAGACACCCUCCCAUUCUGUAGCUGUUUUUCCCUACAAAGAUGUCGCAAAAUGCUUUCACAUUCUCUCCCUGUUAUCUCCGCAUUUUAAAGGUGUGUUACGUAGUGGUAGGCAGGAAAAAUCCCCCCCAGUGAGCAUCUCAGUUCUGUACUCAAAUUUUACUUUUUUUAAAAAAGAGCUUUCCAGUUUUACCUGAAUCCUAAGUUCCUCUCUUUUCCCGCGACGCUGACCGAAAUCCGACCAAUGUUUCAUUAGCUCCCCCCCCACAGAGCUGCUUAGGUCACUGCCUGCACAGCUCUUCAAUAUUUACCUGUAGUCAAGACAGUAUUUUCAAGGCGUACAAUUACACAUACGAGGUGUUUGGAGUCAUAAAAAGCAAAAACAUGUAUUGAUAUUGAUUGAGCCAUUAAAAAGAAACGCCUUUCUUUCUGGUUCAGUUUGGACGAUAACUUGGCUGUUACUAAACUUUUUGUUACACUCUAUUGAUCUGCUGCAGCUACAUGCCUACAU